AACUCCUCUCAGGAAGAACUCUUGUUUUUCAACUAUAAUGAAUAUUCUGUCAAAACUUAUUUUUUACUAGAAACUAAAAAAUUUGGCACCUAUAACCAACCCUUGAUAAUAACUCAUUUUCCCAAUGCCUAUGUCAAAUUCAACUCAAAAAACUACAAAUCUACAAGAAUUAUAUCGACCUUGAAAAUAAUGAUUCAAUAUCAUCCAUUGCUACAACUCAAAACCCCUCCUACUCUGAUCAUCUCCCCCUAUUUACCAGGUUUUGAACCUGCUGCUCUAGUCUACUCUGUGUCCACUAGUGAAUCAAAUUCAACACAAUUAGGAAUUUACCUAAAUCAAAUUUAUGGCUAUUCUUCAAUCUCUCCCUUAUCAAAAUAUCUUUCUCCUGACGAGUUUAAAGAAGUUGUAGUUGUUGUAAAUAAUUAUCUCAAAUUGGCUUUCAAUCCCUUAAAUUACCACAAUAUAAUUGAAAAUAUAAUCGGCGUCUUCACUUUAUGGUUUUUUGAUAAUGAGUUUGUAAUCAAUUUUUUUUCUUUUUUACCUUUCUUUGUUUGGAUAAAUCGUAAUCUUUUAAACUAUUCAAAAAAUGUUUUGCUGGAAUUGGAAGAUUACAUUCAAAGUCUUAAUAGAACUAAAUUGGCUUUCAAAGGAAUUAAAAUUAUAAGUCCAAGGAAAAGUGGUUAUUUGAGCUUG